AGACCAGUGAAUGGAAAAAUGGCAAUCAGGACCAAACAAUGGAUUGUCAUUUUUGCAGAUGGCCCCAUCGGCUUCUCUCUAGUGGGUCUUUCCUAAAAAGGAGAAGCUUCUUUGCUCAUUCCCAAUGGACCCAACUCUGAUCUCCUUAAAGACAACGAACAGUGAAAAAGUGAAGGUCUUCUCCUUUAUCAGUUCCCAAGUUCAGAGCAAGUAAAGGGCAGAGCUUGGUCUGCUCUUCCUUCCUCUUCUCCCCUGUUGUAAUCUCUUUGCUUCGGGAGCUGAGAUUGAGCUGCAGUCUUUGUGGUGUUAGGGUUCACUUCACUGCCUGAAGAUGCAGCACAGUGAUCAAGAUCAGAGAAGUUUGGGCAUUGAAGAUACAUCAAUCACUGUUGAAUUCCUCCGGGCAAGGCUAUUGGCUGAGAGAUCUGUGUCAAAAUCAGCAAGGCAGAGAGCUGAUGAAUUGGCCGAAAGGGUGGCUGAGCUGGAGGAACAGCUGAGGAUUGUGUCUCUCCAGAGAAAGAAGGCCGAGAAAGCAACAGUAGAUGUUCUCGCAAUACUGGAGGCUCAUGGAAUGAGCGAUAUGUCCGACUCAUUCUAUUGGAGCUCUGAUCAGGAAGAGACACCUCGUGGACAGAAAGUGAGGGGCAGUGGUUCCAAGAAAGCAGAGGGCUCUGUCAACUCAAUAGAGAGGAGCGAACCAGAGAAGUUCUCGGCCUCUGAGCUUGAGCCUUCGUCAAUGCCAGGUAGAAGCUUAUCCUGGAAGGGCCGAAGGGAUCCUUCGCGUUCUGUCGAGAAGUCUAAGGAUUCUCCAAUUAGAAGAAGGAGCAGCUUCGCGUCAGCCAGCUCGUCUUCGAAACAUCGGCUGGGUAAAUCGUGCCGUCAGAUAAAGCGAAGGGAGCAGAGAUUAGAAGCCGCCAAGUUUGGGGAUGACUCUUCUGCUAAGGCUGAUUCUCAGAACGAUGGAGGUGAGUCCGAGGCUGGGAUGGAAACCUCAAGAGUCGACUCAGGACUGCAGGAACAGAAUGAAUCACUUGAGGCUGCAGUCUUGAGUCAUUCGGGAGAUGAGUUUGGAGCAGAAAGAGAAAUGGAGAGGGCACUUGAACAUCAGGCUCAACUGAUAGGCCAAUACAAGGACAUGGAGAAGGCACAGAGAGAGUGGGAGGAGAAGUACCGAGAAAAUAACAGCAGUACAGCGGAAUCCUGUGACCCUGGAAACCACUCCGAUAUAACCGAUGAGAGGGAAGAGAUGAAGUCUCAAUCUCCAUAUUCUCAUCAGAGUGUUACAAUUCGGCCUGAAGAUUCCACAUUGAAACUCCCAUCCACAUGUAAUGGCUUCUCUGAGACCCAUGCCUCCCACGAAUUCGUGGAAACUUCCCGAGGUGAUAAAAAGGCAGAUUUUCAAGUCCAAGAGGGACCCAUAUCUUCACCUCCUUGUGAUCCCAUGGAGCAGAAAUCAUCAGCUCUUGCGUCAGACGGUCCAAGUAAACAGGAAACCCCAGAGAAGAUCUUGGCACAAGGCUCUGAAACUUCGGGGAAGCAAAUGGAGCCUCAUGCCCUGGUGCCACAUCAGACAUCCGACCGAGUGGGCUCUUUGCUUGACACGCUUCAGCAGGCUAAGUCUCUACUACAAAAGGAAAUAACUCAGGUUCCUCCUGUUGGGUUCGGAGGUGCUGGAAAAGCUAUUGAACCAUCUUUUCGUGAUCCAGGUCCCACUUAUAAAGCAAACAUUCCUAGGGGCUGUCCGGGGCUUUUCAGGCUGCCCACGGAUUUCAUGCCAGAGCCUACCAGAGGUAACUUCCCAUUCUUCAGUUCAAGUUCAGGCUUGAGUUCAAGAUCAAGUUUAACCGGUUACUUUCCCGAUAAUAGAGCUUUGUUAGGUUCUGAUGAUCGAUUUGCCGUUGGUCGUUGCAUAGAUAGUAGGCCUAUGAGCUUAUCUUUAGAUGAUAGAUUUCUCUCCAACCAGUUCAUGGACUUCGCAUCAAGAACCAUUCCUCCGAACCCCAGAUUGGAUCCUCAACUAAAUUCUGUAGCUCCAACUUCUUACACCUCUUAUCCGCAGUAUCCUUCCUAUCCCAACUUGGUACCUAGACAGCCCUCAAAUGGAGGAUAUUUCCCGAGAUUGGAUUCAAACAUGGCAUCUGCAGUCCCACCUUCAGAUGAUUUCCACAUCCGCGGUGAUAUUAGUGGAUCGAAGAUGAUGUAUAGAUAGGUUAAAUUAAAUCAUUCUGUAUGAUGAGACUCUGUACCUUGUACUUCAGACAUGCCUGAAUAUGUAUAUUGGAAAAUUCUUUUGGACUCUCUUCAUUA